AUGGCAGGAAACUCUCCACCACGACGAAGUUCACGUGCCAGAACGGUUCAGUCACAAUCCACGUCGCUAUCACAACACUCGUCUGCAACCUCCAGCCUCUCUGGUCGUCCAGAGCGGGCUACCAGAUCACUGAACAAGGCGGCCUCGCCCCAGAAGUCCUCACCCAGUCUCUCGGACGAGCCACCCGAGGAGUCUGUCGCCAGCACCGACGACAUCCCUACACGACGCCGGCGCACGCGUGCCCAAGAAAUCGAGGAAGGCCACGACAGAGCCCCCUCUCGUCACACCACCAUCGAGAUGGCCGGCGACCCUGACGAGAUCCAGGAGGACGACGAGGCCGUGCGCUGUAUCUGCGGCUUCGACGACUAUCCAGGUGCUCCGCCUGCCCACGACGACAAGAAACAUGUAUCGAAAGAUUCAAUUGACGUCGGCCCUGUCCUGCCGUCCGAGAUUGCAGACGACGUGGCUGGCUUCUUCGUACAAUGUGACAUUUGCAAGAUCUGGCAGCAUGGUGCCUGUGUCGGCAUUAUGAGUGAGGAGGCAAGCCCUGAGGAAUACUUCUGUGAGGAGUGUCGCAAAGAUCUUCACAGGAUACACAUGGCCAGCAAUGGGAAACCAGAGAGCGCCAAAAGGCAGAGGACCAAGUCCAAAUCGCCUUCCCCAAUGGAGGUUGAGAACGAUCAGGAGUUGGCUGGCGAAGAUUCGGAAGAUGUAGUUAACAGAAACGGAUCCAAGAAGCCUCGAAGUGGGCUCACACGAACCCAGAGCACCCAGAAAGAGAGGUCAGAAAGGGAAGAACGCGAGCGCCAGAGAGCAGAGGCGGCUAAGAAGCGCAGUGGUCGAGCAGAGCGCCGGCGAGCUGAUGAUUCAGACCCUUCAGAGGAACUGCCAUUGGCAUUACGGGCGGCAGCACAUCGGUCGACAGCUGAGAAGGCUACGACGACGGCGGCGGCAGCAGCAGCAGCAGCAGCGGAGAGCAAGGCGGAGGCUAAAUCAGCGCCAGAACCUCCUCCUCCCUCGUCCCAACCAGCUCCCGACACUCCUCCCGCGAUCGUAACGCCUACCUUGAAACCGAAGCGAACCAAGAAGAAGGGCAGAAAUCAGUAUACCAAAGACAGGGAGGCGCGUGAAGAGACAUCUCCUGCACGAUCUCAGUCCCGCGAUGCCCAUGGACACGACGGCGGGCACACGCACCAUGGCCGACCCGAAGGCUCGUCCAAGUCACAUUCAAGGGCCAAAGGUGGAUUCAACACCAAGGUAUCCAUGACUGACCUGAGACGCAAGGCACACGCCAUGCUCGAUUACAUCUCUAGGACCCAGAUCGAGAUGGCAGGGGAGAUUACACCACCCAACGACGAGAGCCGGAGACCGAGCGAUAACACAGCGCCAUCAUCAAUGACAGAGACUGCGACAUCCGCAGGCGAGAAGCCAUCGUCGUCUCAAACUGCCACGAACGGCAACUCCGGCAGAUCCACGGAUGCAUCCAAGGACUUCAAAGAUCUUUCUGCUAUAGAAAUGAUGGACCACUUGACCAGGGAUUUGGUCAAGUGGCAGAAGGAGUUCGCCUGAUGAGCCGAUUCUAUGCCUACAACUUCAUUGACCUGGGCGUCCACCCACACAAACCACAACUCUAACUGGAAGGAGAAAUAUGUGCUGGGCAGGAUAGUAACAGUGGAAGGGUAAAAAGAGCGCUCCAGAACACGCCAACAAUUCUUGAGGGAGCAGGGGCUUGCCCAAUUCUGUGCUUCACGAAAGUAUCGUGAGUUUAUUAUUAUCUAUUUUCUUACGAAGCAACGCUUGGAACCUUGGAAGACAUGUUAUUUUUCCUUCUUUCCCCGAGUUUGCGGCACAACCUGGGAAUGUUGAUACCCGAUGGCGGGAUGAUACUCCGAACCAUGGCCCAGGCGUUUAUGAUUAGGUACUAUGGGUUGAACCUUAUGUUGUUCUAUGGCUACAUUUUGUCGUCAAGUAAUGCUCGCAAUUAAAAGUAUCCGGUUGGUUAUAAAAUCAUUGUCUUCGUUUCUUCUUCGUGGACCAAUGUUAUUUGUCUGUUGAAAUAGCUGGUGUUGGCCAUGAACAUUGAAGACAAGGGCAAAAGCAGAGAAAGUUGUGCCGUCAAUUCAUUAUUCAAC